GCUUUGAGUAAUGCAUGGGCCGACUGGUAUAAGAUUUGGGAGGCGGGCCACGCUGUAAUCGGUUGCGCUUGCCAUAAUACUACGACCACUACUCUGCCACCAAGAGCAAUCACUUGUCAUCAUGGUUACCCGGCUCGUCCUCCUCGGUGCUUUGCUCGCUGCGUCUAUCGCCUUUCUCUUCUCGGAAGGAAACACGCCGCAGCAUGAUCCGUACAUCCAAGGCAAAAAUAAAACAAUCCUCUUCAUCACAAAUAGCGAACAUGGCCUGUCCAAUAUGCACCUUGCCACUUCGUCAGCGCUGUUGGAGAACUACCCGGACCUGGACGUCCACUACGCCUCUUUCCCGGGCGUUCGGCGCAAACUGGAGAGUAUCUCAUCAUUUGCCUGGGCCAAGACCCCGGCCGCGGGCGACAUUGUAUUUCACGAGCUCAAGGGGUUGACCUUCGCCCAGGCGAUUGCGAAAGAAGGCAGGAGUUUCAUCUCUUCCCCGGGUUGGACCAGCAUUACCUCCCUUGCAGAGCAUAUACAGCUCUGGAUCUCGCCAUGGUCCGUCGAGGAUCAUAUAAAGAUCUUCGAAGAGCUCGGUGCAAUCAUUGACGAGGUGGACCCGGCAGUCGUUAUCUUGGAUUCUUGGUUUCGACCUGCUAUAGACAUCACCCGCAACAAGAACCGCCAGCAUGCCUUCAUUACGCCAAACACCCUUGUGGACAAUUUUCUGGGUAGCCAGCCGCUCCGAAACAUGUUCUGGAAGUACCUUGCACCCUCGUCAGGCUUUUCUUUUCCGGUCCCUCUCCGAAAUAUCCCCGAAAACAUCUACAUGAAUAUGCGUUAUGUUUACGCUGCGAUGACGACACCAGACUUAUCUGCCAAGAAGGCCGCUCUCAGAGAAAAGGGGCUUAAAGAUCCCAUCAAUCUUUUCGGGAUCCAUCGCCCUGACGCCCCAUGGAUCACUCAAACUACCGAGGGUGCGAUGAUCCCGUUGGACUUUGUUCCACCUAACAUCACCUGCGCCGGUCCUAUCCUUCUUUCAGGGGCUCCGGCCUCUCAACAAGAUCCUGAGCUGGCCGCCUGGCUGAAGAGAGCUCCGACUGUACUUAUCAACCUUGGAAGCAACCUUGCCUACGACGAGAGACGGGCUGCAUCAAUGUCCAUAGCCAUAGCUGAGGUGCUAUCGAAGUUUGACUUUCAAAUCCUAUGGAAGUUCAAUAAGAUGGGCGAAUAUCCGGAUGACGGCUUGCUGCCUCUCAAGCCAUACCUCGAUAGCGGCCGGAUGAGAAUGCCGAACUGGCUAAUUGCCGACCCAUCAUCACUCCUCGAGACCGGGGAUAUUGUCGCUUCUGUCCACCACGGCGGGUCUAACUGCUAUCACGAGGCCAUUGCCGCCGGUCUCCCUCAGGUCAUCCUUCCACUCUGGGCCGACCUGUAUAACUUUGCCGCUCUGGCCGAGACCAUUGGUGUGGGGGUUUGGGGCUGUAGGGAGACAAGUCCGGAUUGGACGAGUGAAUGUUUGACUAACUCCCUUCUGAGAGCUCUGGAUGGGGCUCGGGAUAGUGUUUCCUUUCGCAACAAGGCGAAGCAGUUAGGUGACAAGGUGCAAGCAGGGGACAAGGGACGCGACAUUGCAGCUCGGAAAGUCGCCGAGCUGGCGUAUGUGAGAUAAAUUUUCCUUAGGAUAACGCCGCUGGGUUAAAAAGUUUGCCAACAUAAACUGAUCGACGCAAUGGCGUUAUGAGUCUGCAGCCGCGAGGGUAGUCGUUUGUUUUUAGACCUUCCAUGCUUCAAUGAACUCUAAUUGUUUGAAUCCUCGGAUAGUCCUUAAGAUCAGGCGUUCAGGCAAAGAAAUAUGUCAGUGUUGUCUUUAUGAUGUCUAGCUUGGGAUUUCCAGGAGAGCCUACAGACUAUGGUAUUCCCUGGCCGAGAUGCGUUGGUCCGAGAUCACUAGGUAGGACUGUAGGAGGUCAGCAUCUUCUCUCCCUAGUCUCACAAGGCUGGCAUAGUUAUAUAAGAGAAGGCCGAGCGGUAAUUUUUACAAGCUGUUUUAAUCGACUUGAGAACUAAUUAAUAUAUCUAAUGAUAAGGU